CUGGUACUGGAUUGACCCUGUGGUUGAGUGUAUGCUUCUGCUGCCAUUAGUGAGAGAGAGAGAGAGAGAGAGAGAGAGAGUCAGAGACAUGUGUACGCUGGAGAAGAGAGGCAAGGUGUUUGUGCUUACGAUCACCGGCCCCGGCGAGCACAGGCUGAACCCCACCCUCGUCGGCUCCCUCCGAUCUGCCCUACGCCGUGUCCGCGAAGAGCCCAAUUGCUCCGCCCUUGUCACCACCGCCGAGGGCAAGUUCUUCUCCAACGGCUACGACCUCUCCUGGGCCCAGAACCAGAGCGACCGCCUCGAGCUCAUGUCGUCCGAGCUCCGGGCCCUCGUCCGCGACCUCAUAUCCCUUCCCAUGCCUACCAUCGCCGCCGUCACCGGCCAUGCUUCCGCAGCCGGCCUCAUCCUUGCGCUGAGCCACGACUACGUCCUGAUGAGGAAGGAUCGGGGGUUUCUCUACAUGAGCGAGGUGGACAUCGGCCUCGUGCUCCCUCGUUGGUUCGUAGUGCUGAUCAAGAGCAAAGUCGGCUUGCCGGCGGCAAGGCGCGAGAUGUUGAUGAAGGCGGCCAAGCUGACUGCCGCGCAGGGGGCGGCGAUGGGGAUCAUCGAUUCGGCUCACGACGGCCCGGAGGAGACGAUGAGCGCCGCCGUCAGGCUUGCCGAGGAGCUAGUCGCGAGGAAAUGGGACGGACACGUGUACGCCGCUAAUAGGAUGGUGGUCCUGAGGGAAGUCUUGGAUUCUCCCGGCUCCGACAAGACGGUGGAGAUGGAGGCUGCUGCUAAGCGGGCCAGCUCUAAGCUCUAGGCCCAUUGGGCUUUUACUUUUUGGGCCGAAGUCAUUGGACCCAAAAUCACUUUUUUUUUAAUAAGUAACAUAGAUGACCCAAAAUCAUCUUAUGUAUUAAAUCAUGUAAUCAUGUCCAACCAAACAUGUCAUUAAAACUUAAAUCCUUUUACGAAUAUAGAACCUAAAAAUGGCACUAAAUCACCUCAUGUAUUUCUCUCUUUUUUUUUCUUGGGCGAACAACUUAGUUAUCAAAUUCUGUAAUCCGAGCAUUUCGCACAUGUUUUUAUAUAUUGAAUCGUUUUUACAAAUGAAAAUAACACGGGUCUGGUGCUAAAUUUACUGUAAAAGUAUUAAAAUAUUUAUUGUU